AUGGCUUCGAGAUAUAAUAUAGUCGACUACGACUCGGACGAUGAGCUGGAACUCAGUCCGCACAUUAAUAAUCUCAUCUCAGCAGCUGAGUUCGUUAUUCGGCUGUUAGAAAGGGGGAAUAUCGAUUAUGCUUUAAUGGGAGCAUUUGCCCUUAAGUGCUGUGGCAGCGCUCGUGAUACAAAUAAUAUUGAUAUAGUGGUGGACACUUCAAUGAAGAAUAUAUGGCAAAUUAUUGAGCCAGAGAGCAGAUUGGUAAUUCCUCAAUCCCGACUUGUUGCAGAUGUAAUGAAAAUAUUUGUCAAGACUGGUCCAAAUUACGAUGGAUGUUCAGAAACAAGACUCGUCGAGGUAGAGUUAAUUGCACCCGGAUCAAAUGGUACUCCGCGAGAUAUACGAAAUCAUCAACAAACUCUCGUGGUACCCAGUCCAUCAGGACAUCAGAUAGCUCUCAAAGCUUUAGAUGUUCUGUACUUGUUGCGGAGCAAACUGGAUGUGAUGGCCGCACGAGGAGCCCCCAAAGACUAUCUAGAUGCUCAAUUUAUUGUCGGAAAUUGGAGACAAGAACUGGAGAGAAUUCAAGAAUACUCCGAGGUAGCGAGUACGCAAAAUGAUGUCGAGUUGAUCUUGACUCCACCAUAUUCUCCAAUGGUUUGGUAG